UCGUGUUUGUUUGUGUCCUAAUAAGGACGGAGAUUGAGAGAGAUUGGGAUUGAGAAUGAGAGGCAUUUCAGCUUCUUCAUCUUCGCUUUCUCUUCUCCCUUCACUGAAAACUAGCCGUUGUCUUGUACCUUCUCUUUAUUCAAAUGUCAAACCCAAAACUCUACGAAGAUUCUGAAGCCUCAGAAUCCAGAGCAGCAGCAGACCAGGACUUGGCUCAGGUGAAAAUGACAGCAAAUCUGUUUUAGAUGCUUUUUUCAUGGGGAAAGCUUUGGUGGAGACGCUUAAUGUACAUAUAGAAGCUGCAUUAGGGGAAUUCACAAGUGCAUUUGGUGAGUGGCAAGCUGAGAAACAGAAGCAAGCACAAGACUUGCAGGAGGAAGUGCUUGAAAGGGCCAGAAAAGGAAAGGAGAAAGCUGCACGCGAAGUCAUGGGAGAAGAAGGGGCUGGUCAGAAAUCAACAACGGCAACAAAGGCAGCCAUGGCUCCUGCAGUUUCACAUGUAUCACCUGGUACCAGUAACGGUGACCCUCUCCUAUCUUUCAUGAAGGACUAGUUUGGUUUGUGGUAUAUUAAUAUAUGCCAUGUUCUUUCCUGCUUGUAGUUUGAUUUCCAUGCAUCACUUUUUGGUCCUUUCUAGCAUUGAAUUAUGUAUUUUUUGUUUGGCCUUAACAUCCCGCUUAAGAGUAUAACAAAUAUAUAAUCUGUCUUCUCAAA